GGAUGCCAUGGCGGAUUUCGUCUAUAGCGUACAUCCGACACCAGCGGGCUGGGCAAAAGCUCGACCUGGAGAGCGGUGGAUGCUGCCCCUGCUGUUCGAGUGUCACCCGCGCUGGUUUAUGCACCACCACCACCACCACCAUCAUGGUUACACGAGCACCAAACAGUUGACGCAUCGCGUUAUGGAAGUAUUUUCAUGAUAAGCACACAAACAAAGAUUAGAACGCUAUUACCAUUUGUACUGCCACUAUGUACUACUACUACUACUACUACUACUUGGCACAUACCUUAUAUGGCGGCAUAUCCUAAUCAUAAAAAAAGAGCAGCAACGCAUAUCUAUAUACACUCUAUUCCUUUUCUGCCAAAGGGAACAUGCACGCACUCUUCAUCCGACUCAAUCUUCCCCUUCUUCCCCUCGUCCCCACCCCCUCGUUGUUUCCUUAUUUUUCUCGUUUCAACGUGCUUCUUCGCUAUUUUUUAUGGGAAAUUCCUGAAUAACCUAAUCAAAAAGAUGGGUUUGGUCCCUUUUCUUCUUCUCUCUUUUGUUUCGUUCUUAUACGUCUCGCUUUCCUUACUUGCUCUUGCAAUAGAUAUUAUACCCGCCAAAAAAUAAUGAACAAUAAAAGAGAACGAUAUACCAUCAGCA